UACUCUAGAGCUCAUUCCCAUUGACCACGGCAAUGUCUACGGAAGUCACGGCGCGCACGGUUCCGCCGUAUAAUCAUUUUACGCAAAUUGGCGACCCUGUGCUGCGAGUCCGUGCCGAGGAAGUUCCACCGGAACGUUUGGACAGCCACGAAAUUAAUGAUAUUGUGGACCAAAUGGUAAAGGUGCUGCGGCACUACGACUGUGUGGGAGUAGCAGCACCUCAAUUGGGCGUGCCACUGCGUAUUAUUGUAAUGGAGUUUCGCGAGGGCAAGCGAGCGCAGUUCACGGCCGAAGACUACGAGCAGCGAAAGAUGUCGCCACUGCCGCUAAGCGUCUUUAUCAAUCCAAAGAUUGAGAUAAUCACGGAUGCGCAGCACACGCAUCCCGAGGGCUGCAUGAGCGUGCGCGGUUUCUCUGGCCAAGUGGCUCGAUAUGAUCGUGUCCGAGUCACCGGCAUUGGAAUGCUUGGAACACCUUCAGAACUUGAACUUGUGGGAUGGAGCGCGCGCAUAGCGCAACAUGAGAUGGAUCAUUUGAACGGCAUUAUUUACGUUGAUCGUAUGGACGUUUCUAGCUUUACUUGCAUCAACUGGCCACAAAUUAAUGCAAGUGGAGGACGUGCCGUGAUAGCGUUUGAUAAAUAAACAUUUACAAAUACAUCAAAA